ACAUCACCCAUGAAAAGAAGAGAGAGGGAUGGAAAGAAACCUCUUCUUACAGGAGAGGUAGUUUUGAAUCUUAAAGACGGAGUUGCACCUGUGGGUGAGAUUUCUUUUACUGAUAAUUCAAGCUGGACAAGGAGCCGUAAGUUCAGGCUAGGAGCAAGAGUUUCAGAUAACUUCGAUGGAACUAGAAUAAGAGAAGCAAGGACAGAAUCCUUUAUUGUCAGGGAUCAUCGGGGAGAAUCUGAGUGCUUCUUAUUUGGUUUAUUUAUAAAUAAAUUGUCUCUAAGGUUAUUGCUAGAGUACUGAUACUAAGAUGGAGUGUUCUUUCACUUUCCAUUGUCAGCACACUCCAGAACUUACAUCCAUGGUUCCUGCAUCUGUUCGGGUAAGGAGAGAGAUGGCCGCCCCAAAAGCAAAAGCAAAACCUUCACUCCCAACCACAGCAGCACCUACCCAGUCAGCAACUCCUCCUGUUAAACCAGAGUCAGCAAACUCGUCGUCAGCACCAAAAGGCAAGAGCAUAGAUGACUCUUAUAUGGCUUUCCUGGAGGACAUGAAGGUGCUCGGAGCACUUGAAGGUAGACAUCCAGCUGGUUAGUCAGCACCAAGAUAGAAACGAAGAAAGAGAAAGAACAUCGAAAAAGGAUGGCAUGCGUGUAGCCAAAGGAAACACAAAUGCACAGGCUAUUGAAGUCGAGAUGGAGACCGGUGGUAUUCCUUUUUCUUGCCGUUGGCAUCAACUUAGUUUCCUGAUGCAUCGUUUCACGGUGAAUUCAAAACAAUAUCAGAUGUUGAGAUGGGUGUAAUGGGUUAGAAAUUCAGGAUGUACAAUUUGUAGCAAUCUUUUAUUUAAAAUAAUUUCGCACUGCUCGUUCUUA